AGAAGGUGGCGGAGAUUUAGCUCCAUGACACGCUUUGGAGAUCUUGGCCAUUCAAAUAGCAAUAUAUCACAUAUGCUCUUAAUAAAGAGACAUACGCAAUCCUAGUGGACACCACAAUGCAUAUCGGGGUAGCGGUUUCCAUCACUCCUAACAGAACUCUCAUAAAUCUGCAUUCUAGUCGCACCUCCUCGAUAGCAAGCCGCCUGCGGGGAAGUAAGAGAAGGCUUGUCUGACGCUGCGGUUAGUUUGCACCCUUGGUCUUAGUAUAAACAAGAACGCAUACGCAUUCCGGUAGAGCUAAAUAUAGGCUAUCACGGUUCCGAAUCACAACCCCCAUCGCACUUAGACCUUACGAUCUACAUACGGCAUAUCAUCUGGUAUCUUCACAUCCCCUAAACAUCAAAACAAACCAGUCAUCAAACGAACGUUACGGACGCAAGAUGCCUAUAAAUCAGAGCCGAACCAGAGCGCGCGACCGCGGCAACGUCCUUGGCAGACCCGAGUUCUUAUCACUGAAUCAACCCUUGCGGAGCAGCAGCGGCGAGAACCGCGGAGCAUUCAGAAGAGUGGGUCAAGCCAAGAGCCACCAAAGCCAGCAGAGUGAUCCCCCACACGUGCCUACGGACGGCGCCAAGGACCGUAAAGAGCCGCAAAGAAUGCCGGAGGAAGACUGCAUGCAGCUCAAUCCGUCCUUUAAGGGGAUUGCCAUGAACUCCCUACUGGCCAUUGACAUACAUUUAUCCAAACGGCUCGGGGUCUGUGCCUACACGUCGUCUUCAUGGGGCAGCGUCCGUUCAAUGGUCACUCUUCUCGCGCUCACCGGACACGGCAUCACUUGGAUUUGUGGUACUCUGGUGUGUCUCACAAGGAGUAAUACCCUGGCGGGACAAGAGGUCCUAGUCAAUCUACUGCUGGCUCUAAUUCUUGACAUCAUGACUGUGGCUGGAGUCCAGAAACUCGUCAAGCGCAAAGGACCAUGGGAAAUGAGCCCUGGCUUGCUGGACUACGUAGCCAUGGACGUCUACUCAUUCCCUGCAGCCCAUGCCAGCAGGGCGGCGAUGGUGUCCAAGUUCCUGCUCUCGCACCUGGUGCUGGCUGUGCCUCUGCGAAUCUUGCUGGUCAUGUGGGCCUUUCUGGUGGGGCUGUCCCGGGUGCUGCUGGGAAGGCACCAUGUGACAGACAUGGCGUGUGGCUUUGCACUUGGUCUCCUCCAUUUUAGCCUAGUGGAGAUGGUCUGGUUGUCCUCCAGCGCCUGCCAGACCCUCAUCUCUAUAGGAACGCUCAGCUGGAGCCCGUUUCGUUAGAGCCCAUCCUCACGGCAGAAACGGGAAGUUUCUACAGGUCCGUGAGCCACCCUGAGACCUAGAGGCCAGCGUGCUUUAACUCUUAUUGAUUGCGCAAAGGAGAAUGUAGACCUGGGGAUACAUAUGAAAUAAAGGGAAAUAACCUCAAGAAGACAGUUAAAUAUAUACACUGAGAUUUUAUUUGACCUGUAAAAGAUCAGAUGUGAUAAUUCCUUGAUAUACAAACCAUACUCGAAGAUGCACAGGACAGGGCAAAUUGCCAGUCUUGGUAGCAGGGGAAAUGGAGACUCUUCUAAUUUGUUAAUCUGUCAAGCUUCUCUCUUCUACUUUACCACUUACCUUAUUUUAUCAAACUGACAUGCUUACUCGAUGCAACAAAUUAUAGGGUGCAUUUACCUUUGUAUGUAUGUGGUUGUUUCAGCUCUUUGCCUCUAAUGAAAACCUCAGUGCCAGUGUAAAAAUACAAUGCCUGUGUGUGUUCUUUUAGUCAUGAGUGAUGUGCGUUGUAGUUUCAUAUGCUGUGAAUGUGAAAGGGCUUGAACGCAGGUGUAGCUACUGCUGGCACACACACGUCAUUUACACAUCAGUCCCAGCUUCUGUCCACCUAUGACACUGCUUCACCAUGGCAUGAAUGUUGAAAGAGAAACGUGUCAUCCAUAAACCAUUAGUCACUAUGCUUUUGUGUUUUAAUGUCCUCAGCAGCAUACAAGUAAAUUGCCAUAUGCCGUGUGUAAAUGAUCAUGUAUUAGCACACUGCAUAUCGUACAAUAUUGGGCUGACUAUGUUGGGUUGUUACUCAGGAAGCCUUCAACGUGUUCAGUAUAUCAUGUUUUUUGAGUACUCAAAAUAUGCUUUUAGCAUUUAUUUUGUUUGUUUGUCUGCACCAAUUUCCACAUUGGCAGCUGCUUAUUUUGUGUGGGUGUGGGUAUUUUCUUAAGUGUCCCAGUUACAUAAUUGUAUAAGCAUUGUAUAAGCAUGCAUGCAAUGGUUGCGAUUCAUUUUCAAUUAUGCACAUGUUCAUUCCAGGUGUAGGAUGAGAAAUUGUCUAAGAAGACAAGAAAAGGUUUUUUUCAUUGUUGUGAUGUAACAUUUUACUUGUUCUUUCUUAGUAUUCAGUUUAACCUUUUUUCACUAGUCUCUGGGCAUACAAUAUAAAAUCAACCAUCUGCCA